GGAUCAAUUUUUCGCCUUGCUUGGUCCCCAGACGGAUCAAAAAUAGUAUCUGUUUCUGAUGAUAGAAGUGCUCGUGUUUGGGCACUUGGGGAGUGCAAGUCUUUGCACAAUCUUGCAGGGGGUCCCAUUCAAUGCCUCAGCUCUACUCUUUUUGGUCACACUGCCAGGGUUUGGGAUUGCUGUAUUUUUGACUCUUUGAUUGUUACAGCUGGCGAGGACUGUACAUGUCGUGUAUGGGGACUGGAUGGCACACAACUUGGUUUGAUCAAAGAGCACAUCGGACGGGGAAUAUGGCGGUGUGCCUAUGAUCCUAGUUUUGCAUUGCUUGUUACAGUGGGAUUUGAUUCUUCCAUAAAGGUUCACCAGCUGCAUGCAUCUCCUGAAUGUUUGGGCAAAAUUGUUGGAGAAAUGGAAUUGUCAUUUUAUGAACCGGAGGCCUUUAGAAUUUCUAUCCCAAAUUCAAACAAACAUAUCAGCCAUAUGGAUAGGGCAUGUUAGUUGGACAAACCUUUUUCACAUUGGGGAGGAUGCACCAAUAAUUUGUAUGGACAUUCUAUCAAAUGGGUCUGAUCCUUGUGGAACUGACGAUUGGGUUGCUGUGGGAGAUGGUAAAGGUAGAAUGAUGAUUGCCCACAUUGCUGGUGAUGUUUUUAGCCCUAAAGUAGAUCAUCAUUCUCUAACCUGGUCUGCUGAAAUUGAGAGACAGCUUUUGGGGACUAACUGGUGCAAGUCUCUGGGAUUUAGGUUCAUCUUCACUGUGGAUCCUAGAGGGAGGUUGAAGCUUUGGAGGGUAUGUAACUCUCUGUCUUCUGCUUCUCAUGUGGAGGCAGCUUAUCAUCCAGAAUUGGUUUACGAAUUUGUCUCUUGUUUCGGAAUGCGGAUCAUUUGCUUGGAUGCAUCACUGAAGGAUGAGGUGCUAGUGUGUGGGGAUAUCCGUGGAAAUGUUUUGCUGUUCCCUUUUAAAGAGAAUGUACUAUAUACCACUCCUAUACCUUUAGAAGAGAAAGUUUCUCCACAGGCUUAUUUCAAAGGAGCUCAUGGAAUAUCAACAGUGUGUAGCAUUUCAAUUGCUGGAUCUGUUCCUAGUCAACUUGAUCUACAUUCUAGUGGGGGAGAUGGAUGCAUCUGCUACUUUGAAUAUGACAGGAAUCGAAAGAAAUUGGAAUUUACAGGAAUUGAGCAAGUGAAAGAACUGAGCACUGUACAUUCCGUCUACUCCAGUGCCAACUAUAAUGACAAUAUGCCAAGGGGUAGCUAUGCUAUAGGGUUUGCAUCUUCGGAGUUUAUAAUUUGGAAUUUAAGUUCUGAAAGAAAGGUUUUACAAGUAUCAUGUGGUGGAUGGCGGCGGCCUCAUUCUUAUUAUCUUGGCCAUUCUCCUGAGAUGAAGAAUUGCUUUGCUUUUGUGAAGGAUGGAAUCAUUAAUAUUCAAAGGUACUGGGUGACAGAGAAUGAAAGGAAGAUGUACCCAAAAAAUUUGCAUUUGCAAUUCCAUGGGAGGGAGAUACAUUCAUUAUGCUUUAUUCAGCCAUCUUGCAGUCCAAAUGGAAAGGGGUGUUACUCUUUUGAGUCUAGCUGGAUUGCAACAGGUUGUGAAGAUGGAACUGUGCGAUUGACAAGGUAUGAACCAGAAACUGAGAGUUGGUCAGUUUCCAUGCUGCUUGGAGAACAAGUUGGUGGAUCAGCUGUGAGAUCAUUAUGCACUCUUUCAAAGAUUCAUAGAAUAUUGCUGAAGGCAACUGAUGUGUCUGAAAGUGUUCACAGACAAAUGGGAAACUCAGAAGACCAAGACAAUCUUGUGAUACUGGUAUCAGUAGGUGCAAAAAGAGUAAUGACUGCAUGGAAACAAAAACCUAGAUCAAUAUAUGAAACGAUAGAAUCCCAAUGCUGUGAACAUGAUAACAAAGGUGGAGACACCUCUCGCGGUUCUCCAUCAUCAAAACAUUUUUCUCUCCUUUCAUUCCAGUGGCUUUCUAGUGAUAUGCCUGCCAGAAAAAACAACUGCUUGCAUGAAAAUACUAAGAAUAUAAUUGAAGCUGUCGAAAAUGACACACCACUUUCAUCGGAAGACAAGAAGAUGGAAUCAAAACUUGAUAGAUGUGAAAAUGAUUGGAGAUAUCUUGCAGUUACUGCAUUCCUUGCUAAAGGAUCAGGCUCAAAGGCAACAGUGUGCUUCAUAGUUGUUGCCUGUUCAGAUGCAACACUUUCAUUACGGGCUCUGAUAUUACCCCAUCGACUUUGGUUUGAUGUUGCUCUGUUGACUCCAUUAUCAUCUCCAGUUCUAGCUUUGCAGCAUGUCAUAGUUCCCAAACAUUUAUUAUCUGAAGACAUCAUUCAAAUGGGAAAUCUGUAUAUUGUAAUCAGUGGAUCUACAGAUGGAAGCAUUGCACUUUGGGAUCUCACCGAACAUGUCGAAAGCUUUAUGCAACUAUUGCCUAGUCUUGAAAUGGUAGAAAGUAUAGACGACCAAAAAAGACCCCGCACAGGCCGAGGAAGUCAAGGUGGACGAUGGUGGCGAUCACUUGGCAGUCACGUCUCCAAGAAAAAAAGUGCAUGUGGUAAUGAUGAUGCACCAUCAGUCUAUGUGAAAGAGAAGAAAAGGAACGUCUCGUCCCUGGAUAUCUAUGAAAUAGGACCCCUGCAUGUCUUUAACAAUACACACCAGUCAGGGGUAAACUGUCUUCAUGUUUCAAAUGUCACCAUGCCCACGGCUUCUGAUUCAGUGUUUGGGUUCUGUGUUGUAAGUGGAGGUGAUGAUCAGUCACUUAGCUGUCUUUCAUUUGAUUUCACUUCUAUCGAAAAUUUGGAACUUUCAACUUUGGAACAUAUCGUUUCUUUUCAACUUCAAAGCUAUCAAAUGAGGCUUGUAUUGGUGGAUAAGAUCCCUUCAGCUCACUCGUCUGCUGUUAAAGGUGUUUGGACAGAUGGUAGAUGGGCAUUUUCAACGGGUCUUGAUCAACGUGUCAGAUGUUGGAAAAUGGAACAAGGCAAACUAAUAGAGCGCGCUCAUCUUGUGAUUAGCGUGCCCGAGCCAGAGGCAUUGGAUGUUAGACCUCUUGACAGGAACCGUUAUCAGAUUGCAGUUGCAGGCAGAGGCAUGCAAAUGGUUGAAUUUUUUGCACUUGCCCGCACUCAAUAAUAUACUCCGUAAUAUGCAUCUUCUCCAACUCUUUGGGUUCAACCGUCGGCUCAGUCGACCCUGCCCCUCCGGCAGGACCUUGUACUUGGUCACUAGAUCAUUUGUUUACACAGAUCGAAUGUUAGUCUGUCAUCUACUACAAUAGUUACAGU